GUAGGGCUGUUCCGUUGAUGGUAGAUGGAAAGCUCCCGUGGAUCCAAUGGCUAAUCGAUAAUUACAACUGAGAUCAAAACAAAACAAAAUUCUGUAGCGGUCGAACUACAUUUGUAAGCGAUACGAAUAAACUGUAAUUAUGCCACCAAAAUUAAAAUUCACUGAAGGCGAAAAAGUCCUCUGCUUUCAUGGACCGCUUAUCUACGAGGCUAAACUACUGAAAAGUAUGGUAAUGAAAGACAAACAGGUUAAAUAUUUUAUUCACUAUGCCGGUUGGAACAAAAAUUGGGACGAAUGGGUACCGGAGAAUCGAGUACUCAAAUACAAUGAGGCGAACGUUCAGCGACAGCGAGAAGUGACCAAGCUGCAUUCGUCGCUCGCUGCCAAAAAUAAGAAAGCCAACGCGAAAGCUAAAAAGGCGGAUACAAGUGCUGGGUCCAGCAAAGAUAGUGAUUCACGCGCUUCAACUCCCUCCAAAGAGGUUGUUAAGGAAAAGGAACCUACUCCGACCGUUUCAGGAACUUCUACACCAACUACAUCCAGUUCCGUUACCGUUCCAAGUGUAACUCCUACGAGUCGCAGUCGUUCGUCGGCUAAAACUGCCGCUGCAGUACCUGUACCGGUUCCUAAAGAAAAAUCUGAGGAGAAAGAAACUCCGAUAGAAAAACGUAAAUCAGAAGAUGCUCCGGAAUCUUCUGCAUCCGCAAGAAAAAAACGCGGUCGAAGCGAUACGACUUCAUCAAACGUUGAAUCCGAGGAUCAGUUUCUUUCCAAGGUAGAAGUUAAAAUAAAAAUUCCAGAUGAAUUAAAACCCUGGCUGGUCGAUGACUGGGAUGCGAUUUCCCGGCAGAAUAAGCUAGUUGAACUUCCAGCUAAAACUACGGUUCAAGAGAUCGUAGAUAAUUAUGUCCAAUAUAAAAAGUCGAGUAAAGCAUCAACAGCCACAAAGGAAAAUGCCGUUCAAGAUAUUGCCAACGGUAUUAUCGAAUAUUUCAACGUAAUGCUCGGAUCGCAACUGCUCUACAAAUUCGAACGACCGCAGUAUGCGGAAAUGAUCCAGAAUCAUCCGGGCGUACCGAUGGCAAAGAUCUACGGUUCCUUCCAUUUGCUGCGACUGUUUGUAAAGCUCGGUUCGAUGUUGGCUUUUACAGCAUUGGACGAAAAGUCCAUCCAGACACUGAUUGGUCACAUUAUGGAUUUUCUCAAGUAUUUGGUUAAGAACAGUAGCACACUGUUCAACAUGCAGCAGUAUGUGAAUACUAGUCCGGAAUAUCACCGGAAGGCGCAAUGAUUUUGACCAGCUCUAUUUAUCACCACGACAUGAUCCACAUAUUCGACUAUAACAGAAAGUUUACAAAGGCAAAAUCAUCAUAAUUCGACAAUGUCGAAUGUUAUUUUGAAUCAUUGAAAAUAUAUUUGGGUAUCAAUUAUA